AUGCUAAAGGCGUCGAACAGCGCUGCAAUCGCUGCAUCGUUCGCGCUGCUGCUUUCAGGUGACGUGCCGCUAGCGACGGCCGCCACCACAGUCAUCCCCAAAGACUCGUUCUCAUCCUUCAAUGACUUCUGGGCGUACCUUUAUCCUUGGGGCAGCGACCACAAUGGCAGCGCGCGUAUGGCAGAAAGCAAUAUCGUCGUCGAAUCAGGGACGUUGACAUUGAAGGCCACGCCAACGAGCAACGCGUCGCCGCCGACGAGCACCGCAGACCCGUACCCCGCGAUCCAUUAUAUCAGCGGCGCCGUCCACGCUCUGGAGCAAAUCACAGUCACUGCGGAGAAUUCGUACACCGUAUAUGGCGAGUUCAGCGCGCCGACCGCUGUAGGAACCUGGCCUGCAUUCUGGUUAACUGCCGCCUCCGGCUGGCCGCCCGAGGUCGACAUCGGCGAAUGGAAGGGUACCGCAGACAACUGGUACAACACCUUCAACACCUCCUCCGAGGUCAAGUCCACCACCGUCGCCUGGCCCGCGGACCUGUCCUUCCAUUCCCUGCAGGCGGUGCUGACGGCGGAGGCGAACGGCGCGGACGUGAAGAUCGACUUCUACAUGGACGACGCGCUGCAGACGACGCAGUAUGGGAGGGGGUAUGUGGGGAAGGCGUUGAAUUUGAUCAUCAACCUCCAGAUGGAGGGCUCGUCUGGGACGCCGGGGCCUGCGGAUGGGGCGACGUACCAGGCGAGGAACGUCGAGGUCACGAUCAAUUGA